UAAGCCAGCUCGGGAGCGCCCUCACGUACGGUGGAAGGAGGGGCCGCGCCUCCGGUUCAUCACGGUGUCUCGGGUGCUGCAACCCACAGCCGAGCAACUUCGGAUUAUCUUGUUAUGUUGCACGUACAGUGUUCCUGCCCGGACAAGGAAGUCUCAACAAACUGGACGCAACACGCUGAUUCAACGACUAGCACCUUAAUUUGUUGGGGAGGAGGGCAAGUAGACAUCACGCCGCGCCGGACGUCGUGACCAAUCAUGGACCAGAGCUUGUCGUAGCAGCCAAUGGGAAAAGCCGGAGGUUUUAAGAUGAGCAUUUGGCGGCUCCUCCUUUCUGCGUACGACCCCUCACUGCUGUCGGCCUUCUCUCCGAGCUCUUUCUGCUUCUGAUUCAAUCCGCUGCCAUCGUGAUUCUAUAGAGGCCAAGAUUGAGAGUUAGGAAUGGAGAGGUUAGAGUUGAAGCGACUCAGGUCCGCGCCGAUGGGCCCCCGAGUCCAAGUUCACAAGCUAAUGAGACGAUGCGACGGGAGACGGGUUUGGAGUGGAGAGAGGAGUAAAGGCUGUGCCCUAGAAGUCAAGAAGAUAAAAUCGAACCAGAAAGGAAAGGUUUGCUGCGAAAAUGCAAGGAUUCCAGUUUUUCCAGAGAAAGAAGAUUGCUAGUUUUCCUUCCAUUUGUCCAGAUUCCAGAUGAAAAACUUAAGAGGAGAGUAAUUGAGAGUGAAGGUGGAGACAUCUGCACUACUUGUGAAGCUUCUCUCCUGGGUUCUUGCUCACUAUGUUUGAGCUACACCAGGAAUAAAAUUGAAAGGUGUUUUGCCUAAAGAACAUUAGCUGUCAGAUUUGCCUGGUCAUGAUUUAAACAAGCAGGAUGAAGUUAAAGGAAGUAGAUCGUACAGCCAUGCAGGCAUGGAGCCCUGCACAGAAUCAUCCCAUCUACUUAGCUACAGGAACAUCUGCUCAGCAACUGGAUGCAACAUUUAGUACCAAUGCUUCCCUUGAAAUAUUUGAAUUUGACCUUUCUGACCCAUCUUUGGAUAUGAAAUCUUGUGCCACUUUCUCUUCUUUGCAUAGGUACCACAAGUUGAUUUGGGGACCUCAUAAGAUGGAUUCCAAAGGAAAUGCCUCAGGAGUUUUAAUUGCAGGUGGUGAAAAUGGAAACAUUAUCGUUUAUGAUCCUGCUAAAAUUAUAUCUGGUGACAAGGAAGUAGUGAUUGCCCAGAAUGACAAACAUACUGGCCCAGUGAGAGCUUUGGAUGUGAACAUUUUUCAGACUAAUUUGGUAGCCUCUGGUGCUAAUGAAUCUGAAAUCUACAUUUGGGAUCUAAACAAUUUUGCAACUCCAAUGACACCAGGAGCCAAAACACAGCCCCCAGAAGAUAUUAGCUGCAUUGCAUGGAACAGACAAGUUCAGCAUAUUUUAGCAUCAGCCAGUCCCAGUGGUCGAGCUACUGUGUGGGAUCUUAGGAAAAAUGAGCCUAUCAUCAAAGUCAGUGAUCAUAGUAAUAGGAUGCAUUGCUCUGGGUUGGCAUGGCAUCCUGAUGUUGCUACUCAGAUGGUCCUUGCCUCUGAGGAUGAUAGGUCACCAGUGGUCCAGAUGUGGGAUCUUCGCUUUGCCUCUUCUCCACUCCGCGUCCUUGAAAACCAUGCCAGGGGUAUUUUGGCAAUUGCUUGGAGCAUGGCAGAUCCGGAAUUAUUGUUGAGCUGUGGCAAGGAUGCUAAGAUUCUCUGCUCCAACCCAAACACAGGAGAGGUGUUAUAUGAACUUCCCACCAAUACGCAAUGGUGUUUCGAUAUUCAGUGGUGUCCCAGAAAUCCUGCUGUUUUAUCAGCUGCUUCCUUUGAUGGACAUAUCAGUGUUUAUUCUAUCAUGGGAGGGAGCUCAGAUGGUCUAAGGCAGAAACAAGUCGACAAGCUUUCAUCAUCUUUUGGAAAUCUUGAUCCCUUUGGCACAGGACAACCUCUUCCUCCACUGCAAAUUCCACAGCAGACUGCUCAGCAUAGUAUAGUUUUGCCUCUGAAGAAGCCACCUAGGUGGAUCCGAAGACCUGUUGGUGCUUCCUUUUCAUUUGGAGGCAAACUGGUUACCUUUGAGAAUGUCAAAGUGCAAACUCAGCAGGGAGCUGAGCAGCAGCAGCACCACCAUGUGUUCAUCAGCCAGGUUGUAACAGAAAAGGAAUUUCUCAGCCGGUCUGACCAGCUUCAGCAAGUCGUGCAGUCACAAGGAUUUGGUAGUUAUUGUCAGAAAAAAAUUGAGGCUUCCCAGACCGAGUUCGAAAAAAAUGUGUGGUCCUUUUUGAAGGUAAACUUUGAGGAUGAUUCUCGUGGAAAAUACCUUGAACUUCUAGGAUACAAAAAAGAAGAUUUAGGAAAGAAGAUCGCUUUGGCUUUGAAUGAAGUGGAUGGACCUUAUGUGGCUCUUAAAGACUCUGACCAAGUAGCACAGAGUGAUGGGGAGGAAAGCCCCGCUGCUGAAGAGCAGCUCUUGGGAGAGCGCAUUAAAAAGGAAAAACAAGACUCUGAAUUUCUACCAUUACCUGGAGGAACUUUUAAUAUCUCUAUCAGUGGGGAUGUUGAUGGUUUAAUAACUCAGGCUCUGCUGACGGGUAAUUUUGAGAGUGCUGUUGAUCUUUGUUUACAUGAUAAUCGAAUGGCUGAUGCCAUUAUAUUGGCCAUAGCAGGUGGACAAGAACUCUUGGCUCGAACGCAGAAAAAGUAUUUUGCAAAAUCCCAAAGCAAAAUUACCAGGCUAAUUACUGCAGUGGUGAUGAAGAACUGGAAAGAGAUUGUUGAAUCAUGUCACCUUAAAAAUUGGAAAGAGGCAUUAGCUGCAGUAUUGACUUAUGCAAAACCAGAUGAAUUUUCAACUCUUUGUGAUCUUUUGGGAAGCAGGCUUGAAAGUGAAGGGGACAGCCUCCUGCAGACUCAGGCAUAUCUCUGCUAUAUCUGUGCAGGGAAUGUAGAAAAACUAGUUGCAUGUUGGAAUAAAGCUCAGGAUGGAAGCAAUCCUUUGUCACUCCAGGAUUUGAUUGAGAAAGUUGUCAUCCUGCGUAAAGCUGUACAGCUUACCAAAACCAUGGACACUAAUACAAUAGGAGUUCUUCUGGCUGAAAAAAUGAGUCAGUAUGCUAAUUUGUUGGCAGCCCAGGGUAGUAUUGCUGCAGCUUUGGCUUUUCUUCCUGAAAACACCAACCAGCCAAACAUUGUGCAGCUUCGUGACAGACUCUGUAGAGCACAAGGAGAGCCUGCACCCGGGCAGGAAUCACCUAAGAUUCCUUAUGAGAAGCAGCAGCUGCCCAAAGGCAGGACUGGACCAAUCGCUGGCCAUCCACAGAUGCCAAGAACUUCAGCUCAACAAUAUUAUCCCCAUGUUAGAAUUGCCCCUACUGUCACUACCUGGAGUAACAAAACUCCUACUGCCCUUCCCAGCCAUCUACCUGCAGCCUCUCCCUCUGACACACAGGGAGAAAACCCUCCACCCCCAGGUUUCAUAAUGCAUGGGACUCCUCAUCCAAAUGUUGCUGCAGCUCAGCUUCCCACAUCUCCAGGUCACAUGCACACCCCACUACCACCUCCUCCACAGCCACAGCCUUAUCAACCAGCCCAGCAGUAUCCCUUCGGAACAGGGGGGUCAGCAAUGUAUCGACCUCAGCAGCCUGUUGCUCCUCCUGCUUCAAACGCUUACCCUAACACUCCUUACAUAUCCCCUGCUUCUUCCUAUUCUGGGCAAUCUCAGCUGUACACAGCACAGCACCAGUCCUCUCCACCUACCUCCAGCCCUUCUGCUUCUUUCCCUCCUCCCCCUUCCUCUGGAGCAUCCUUCCAGCAUGGCGGGCCAGGAGCUCCACCUUCAUCUUCAGCUUUUGCGCUGCCUUCUGGAACAACAGGUACACUGCCUGCUGCCAGUGAGCUGCCUGCGUCUCAGAGAACAGAAUAUCAAUCUAUGCAAGAUCAGGCAUUUAUGUUGGAAGGCCCUCAGAAUGGAUGGAAUGAUCCUCCUGCUUUGAACAGAGUUCCCAAGAAGAAGAAGGUGCCUGAAAACUUUAUGCCGCCUGUUCCUAUCACAUCUCCAAUCAUGAAUCCCUUGGGUGACGCCCAGUCACAGAUGCUGCAGCAGCAACCUUCAACUCCAGUACCAUUGCCAAGUCAAGCUUCAUUUCCACAGCCACACCUUCCAGGUGGCCAGCCCUUCCAUGGCAUACAGCAGCCCAUUGGUCAACCAGGCAUGCCACCGUCUUUCUCAAAGCCCAAUAUUGAAGGUGCCCCAGGGGCUCCCAUAGGAAAUACUAUCCAGCAUGUGCAGUCUUUGCCAACAGAAAAAAUUACCAAGAAACCUAUUCCAGAUGAGCACCUUAUCCUAAAGACCACAUUUGAGAAUCUUAUUCAGCGCUGUUUCUCUUCAGCCACAGAUCCUCAAACCAAAAGGAAGCUAGAUGAUGCCAGCAAACGUUUGGAGUUUCUAUAUGAUAAACUUAGGGAACAGACACUCUCACCAGCUAUCAUCAGCGGCUUACACAACAUCGCAAGGAGUAUUGAGACACGAAACUACUCAGAAGGACUGAAUACCCACACCCAUAUUGUUAGCACCAGCAACUUUAGUGAGAUCUCUGCUUUCAUGCCAGUUCUCAAGGUUGUUCUAACCCAGGCCAAUAAGCUGGGUGUCUAAAAGGACAGCUUUACUUCCAGCCAAUACUGUCAUUUUUCCAAAGAAAUGUUUAAAAAAAAAUUAUAAGAUAUGGUCCAAUCUUCAUUAGCAUGUUUCUGUAGCAGCCAGUCAAAGCAUUGGCACUAUUUCUGCAGAUACACAUAGAACUGCUGAAAAUGCUGGUACUUCCUUUUGUUUUAAUCUUUUAUUGCCCAUGAUGAUUUUCCUAUUCUGCGAAAAGUCUAUUUCUUGGAUUACACUUAGUAUGACUUCCUGGAGUAUUCUGGAAAACAGAGGUUUUCAACCCUGAGGAUACUUUUUGUACAGAAUGGAUCCAGUAUGUAAAAAAGCAAAGCUAAAACUAAAUUUCUUUCAUGUCCUCCUUAUUUUAUCCAUGCCUGUCAGAUUAAAGUAUAUAAUCCUAUUCCA